UUCACAAAAACUAUAACAUAUAAUAGUAAUAAUAAUACAAAUGGAGGAUGUAAUCCGGAUAUUAAUUAAGAAAAGAAAGUCGAGAACCUCAACUAGUUCGAAAAUCAAAUCUUCCAGCCUACAUCGAAAUCAUAUCAUAAAAUUUAAGGAAAAAAAAACAAAACUAUAUGUCCUCAUGCAUGAUUAACACGUUGAAUCCCAUUAAAGGAAAAAAGAAAAAAACAAAGCUAAUCAACUCAAUCCCACGAAUAUCUUCUCCUAUUUUUAAGUUCCGACUUGAAAGUUUCACACACAAAUUAAGAUAUUGCUGAAGGAUCAUGGAGGCCCAAAAAGUAUUUGGGAGAGGAGACAGAAUCUUCUCUCCCAAAUGGCUAAAGGUUUCAUUUUCUGCAGUUUCUGUCUUUGAUGGUGAAGCAGCCUGUUUUCCUUGCAUGACAGCUGAUUUAAAGGCAGUGACUUUCACUGUAUGGAUGAAGUCCCUGAUCAUGCAAGGAAAUGGCCUUACUGUUUUCAAUGAAAAUGGUCAGGUUGCUUAUCGCAUAGACAAUUAUGAUGAGAAGAGAAGCAGGGAAGUCUUUUUGAUGGAUCUCAGAGGGAAACUUCUCUUUACGGUGCGUCGAAAGAGUAUUUGGUUUUUAUGUGAUUGGGAAGGAUUUAAGGAGGAGGACGUAAAUACAGAGGAAAGAAAACCAUUCUUUAGAGCGAAAAAGAUUCUCAGAGUUUUCAGUAAUAAGUUAAGCUGUGAUGUAAAAUUAUGCGGAGAUGAAUCUCAGGCAAGUUUGUGCUAUAGGUUUGAGGGAUUUUGGGGCAAAAUAGCAUUCAGAAUAUUAGACAGCCGGGGAGGACUUGUUGCAGAGGCAAAGAGAAAGCAAUCAUCUCUAGGAGUUCAAUUGGGAGAAGAUGUUAUGAGUUUGGUCCUAUUACAGACUAAUUUAGAUCAUUCCCUUAUCAUGGCUCUUGUCACUAUGUACCUGUUGAUUCAACGUAGAAUAUGAUUCAUUUGUUUCAACAUUGAGAAAAGGAGACAAACCUGGAACAAUGCCUGAAAGACUGACGUGUGUUUGCUUCCCAUAGUCAAGCUUGCAAAUUGGAUCCAAAGUAUCCAGCUUCUUGACCAAUUUGUCCGUUUGCCCUUCAAAUAUUUCAAGAGAACUAGAGCAGCCAUAGAAAAGUAUAGAAUGGAAUUCUUUUGGUAUACCUGUAAAGCGCAUUCUUGCAUGCUUACUUUUACACUGGAUGUUAUGUCAGUGGAUUUCUUAUAUCAGACAAGGUAUGGUUGGUGGUUUCUGGACCACCCCAGUUGCUUCAGUUAUGAGGCUUGGUGGGAUGAAUUGUUUGUCAAAUGCCACUGCCUGCAACAGACUUAAUUACUGGAACUUCCCUGCAAAAUAAAAAGGUUUAACCAUAGGAGAUCUAGUUCUAAUUUCACAAAGGUCCUUUUCUCCCCUUUCCCAUCCCAAAUUGUUGACCAUGGAAUAAUAAAAGGAAAAAAAGAAAGAAAAAAAAA